CUGCACUACGGGACCCUCCUGGGCAGCAGAGCUUGUGCCCACAUGGCAGCAGCUGCCUGGGCCAGUGCCUUUCUCAAUGCUGUGGUGCACACAGCCAAUACAUUUUCCCUGCCCCUGUGCCGUGGCAAUGCCCUGGGCCAGUUCUUCUGUGAAAUCCCACAGAUCCUCAAACUCUCCUGCUCCAAAUCCUACCUUAGGGAUUUUGGGCUGCUUGCUGUUAGUGCCUAUUUAUCAUUUGGUUGUUUUGUGUUCAUUGUUUUCUCCUAUAUGCAGAUCUUCAGGGCUGUGCUGAGGAUCCCCUGUGAGCAGGGACGGCACAAAGCUUUUUCCACCUGCCUCCCUCACCUGGCCGUGAUCUCUCUUUUCUAUAGCACUGGCACAUUUGCCUACCUGAAGCCCCCCUCCAUUUCCUCCCCAUCCCUGGAUCUGGCCCUGUCAGUUCUGUACUCAGUGGUGCCUCCAUGGCCCCCAUCAAAAAUCCGUCCCGAUGUGCACCUCCAGACAGAAGAAGAUCCCUCCCCCAGAGGUUGGGAGGAGUUGAAGUAA